CAGCCUCCCCUAUCUCGCGUCUACGUUCCCGGAAUUCAUCAACGGUGCGAUGUCGUGCAGCAGCUCUGGCAUCUGUGGUGUGGACGCACGCCCUCUUGAACCCGGUUGAAGAGACGCGCCUAGGGCAAUUCUCCCGGAAGAAUUACAGCGUCCUUCCCAGGAUGCCGUCCAGGGAGCUGGUCGAUGUUUAUUUCCUCACGCAAGGGGUUAAUAUAAAUAUCAUGCACGAUAUGCUUUUCGGGGAUUGGCAGCUCAUUUCUUCAAUUGUUCGGCCAAAAUGAAGCUCCCAAUAACUUUUGCCUUUGCUCCUCUCCUGCUCGCUGCUUCUGCAUGGCCAACAGGCUGUGAUUUCAGUCUCGUCGGCUUCGGAAAAGACAACCCAAUCGGCCCAACCACAGGCGGCGAGGGAGGCGAGAGCGUCACAGUAUCCUCCGUCGACGCACUCGUAUCUGCUGUCGCCGACGACGCGCCCCGGAUCGUCUACGCCAAAGGAACCUUCAACUUGACCUCCCGCCUGCUAAUAGGCAGCAACAAGUCCCUCGUUGGCGCGGGAAAGGGCGCAAACAUCCUUGGAUCCGGCAUCACCAUCAACGGCAAAACCAACGUGAUCGUGCGUAAUCUGGGCAUCCGCUUCAUCCUCGACAACGACGGGAUUACCACCCAGAACAGCACGCGGGUCUGGAUUGACCACAAUGAAUUCGAAUCCGACAUCAACCAUGGUCCGGACUACUACGAUGGUCAGUGCGAUAUUGUGAGAGCGUCGGAUUGGAUCACAGUGAGCUGGAAUUACUUCCACGACCACUGGAAGUCGAGUCUUGUGGGGAACAGCGAUGUGCUGAGGGAUGUGGACUAUGGCCAUCUACACAUCACGUAUCACCACAACUACUGGAGAAAUGAGAGCACCAGAGGACCAGCCGGACGCUUUGGCCAUCAGCACGUCUACAACAACUUGUAUGAGGACUUUUUGUACCAGGCGAUCCACAGCCGGAGCGACAACCAGGUUCUGGUCGAGGGCAACGUAUUCAUGGGGAAUACGUCGGAAGCGCUCUCAACGUACGGCUUGGUGAUCCCGAUGGAUAGCCCGAACACGAGUCCAGAGGGUGAUCCAGAGCUUGACGGCUUUGCGAACCUUGGAGCCAAGAACGACUGGGGACCAGCCAGCAUCAACAUCACUCAAGUCGGCAACUUCACGAAAGCGCCAUACAAGUACAAGCUCACGCCGCUCAACCAGGUGCAGAAGGUUGUCAAAGCCGGAGCGGGACUGGGGAAGAUCUGAGGGAAGAUAUGGCGGAUGGAUGCCAUGCCACGUAGCUAUACGGCCGCUGUGACAACGAAUGUGAAUGUACGAUGGAGUAGACAAGCUGAAGUAUUCGAGCG